AUGGCGGAAAAUUUCAAUGAUUGGACUGAUAGUUAUGGCGAUUGUCCAGACGUUAUACCCUCUGACAUAGAUGCCUGUUUCAACAAGGGUUCUCAGAUGACUUCGCAAGACGUCAAUCCUUCUGAUAAAGAGACCUGGAGGAUACCUGGCCCAUUAAUGACAACUGCACUUGCGCUGUUUGCAAACGGUUCCUGGCUGAACACAGCAGCCGAAAAUGUAUCAAAUCAUUCAUAUAACGGUACCUAUCAAACUGGAGGCUACUUUGACGAGAUCCCUUCAUGGCAACUUUUCUGGCGCGGAUUGCCUUUCUCAAAUCUCUGGACACCAGGGAACGGCUACAACGAACUCGAGUGGAAGGGCAGGGAUUUUGUGUCUCAGUGCGGCUAUUUUGAAGAGCGCACGUUUGAUGAUAUCAGAAUAACGAACCAUGAUCUGUUCGAAACCACGCAGCAGUUCUUCGCCGCUUUUGCACCCGGCUUCAACGGUGGCAAAAACCAAACACUAGAUACAGCUCAGAGUUUGCUGGAAAUCGCCAUAUUUGUCGCCAAUCGAGCCUUCGUGACCUGGCUUUCCCCCGAUUCCAGCCGGAAUACAUUGGACAUCCUAGAUGGACGUCACAUCUACACUUCGCCUGGUGCUGCCGUGCCAAAACCUGUUCUAUCAAAGUCAAGCAUCAUCAUAAUGUCGGUAUUGAUAGGUCUUCAACUACUCGGUCUGGGCUACUUGAUCUAUUACUUAUAUCGCGUCCCAUCAUGGUCCGAUCAGCUGGACGCCAUGGCUAUGGCCCGUAUCGGAGCAAGUCUGCAUCACCGAGGCGUUCUUCCAGCUAUUGGCCCAGUGAGCAAGCAAGACCUCAAUGCCUUACAAACUGUGGGGGGCUUGAUUGGCAUUGUCGAGAAGAGCCCGCGUCGCGACAGCUCGGCAAGCGAAUCAGUGCUUCCCGAUCUAGCUGCUACAGAUGGCUCCGCAGUGGAACUACAAAGGCUCACUUCACCUGAGCACGGUGCAAGUCGUGUCAGACAUAGCGUUAUAGGUGUUGAACUUGGUUUGGACGCGCCGGUGCCGAUUCUUACGACUAGUCAAGCACAUCGGAGUCUGUAUGUCCCUGCGAAAACAGUACCGGCUCCCAUGACCUUAUACCAACACAUUGCUACACUUGCGCCUGAACUUGCCGAUCCUGGCGUUGGAGCAAUACGCACUUCAGACGAUGAACCACUCGAUGUCGCCGACUUCGUAUCCGUAGCCAAUACCGACGAAAUAGCAGUGACCGAAGAAGUGCUCUCCGUAUCACCCAAAGAUACCAUCCCAAUGGACGUACGCCCAAAAUCCCUCCCACACGUAUAA